AUGAUGCCGAGGAACCGUCCUCAACAGACGGGAUACGCUCGAAUUGCCGAAGCGGCUGAGUCUGAUUCUGACGACGAAAUCGACAACAGUCGUACUUCCCUGCAAUCUGUUUCUGCUCCACAAUUUGCUUCCAUCAAUCCUGCUACUCAGGAAGGAAUAAUAACGGGUGUUAAUACUUCUCCCCAAACUUGCAACAAGAGCAGUUCUAGAAAACGAGUGAGAAGCAACUCAUCUGGUGUGGACAUCAAGGCAAUCAAUGCAAGGUUGGAAAAAUGGGCAGAUGAAAUAGCAUCCAAAUUCAAGAUUAACAAAGCUAAAGGUCAGAAUAAAGAUGAAAAAGAGCUAGAGAUACAUCAUUCGGUUUUCCAGCCACCUGAGGGAGUAAGACCGGUGACCUCUAGCUCUCCUAAUCCAGGGGACAGCGAGGAGCGAAUGACAAAGGAUGAGUUCGACGCAAUUGUCGAUAGCGUUAGGGUAGCUAUUGAGCAAGGCACCCACCCUAAAAUGAUCAGCCAAGGAAGUUCGGGGAGUUAUUUUGCGCGAAACAGCGACGGUGUCGUUGUCGGUGUCUUCAAGCCGAAAGACGAAGAACCUUACGCGGCUGGUAAUCCAAAAUGGAAUAAAUGGAUCCACCGAAAUCUUUUCCCAUGUUUCUUCGGCCGAGCCUGUCUCAUUCCAAACCUGAGCUACGUGUCGGAAGCAGCGGCCUACACUCUCGACUGUCGACUUCAAACCAACCUCGUUCCUUACACCGGUAUUGUCCAUAUCUCGUCAAAAUCGUUUCAUUACGACUUUUGGCAUAGGAGAAACUUUUACAGGCGCAAAAAGCCCUUCCCCCCAAAAGUCGGAAGCUUCCAGGUGUUCCUGAAAGGUUUUAAAGACGCAAAUAUCUUUCUCAGAGAGAAUCCUUGGCCAGACCACAACGGAGCAUAUAGAUCCGUGGAUACAAAUCAAAAAAGAGCCAAGCCUUGGAGUGAAAACGCUAAAACAUCAAGUAACGGUUUAGAGUCUGAAGAUCAGGAAACAGAGCCCUUUGCAAAUGAGAGCUCAAAUGGAAAUUUUGUUUGGACUGAAAAGACAAAAAACUCCUUUCGUGAGGAGCUUGAAAAGCUGGUAAUUCUGGACUAUAUCAUGCGAAAUACAGACCGAGGAUUAGACAAUUGGAUGAUUAAAGUAGAUCAAGACGACUCAAAAUCUUCACUCUCUCCUGGAUCCCCCAGUAUCAAGUCUAAAAAUAACAGGGAACAAAUUUCGAUACCUCCCAAAUCACAAAAGCCUACUCCAGUCGGAGAUAAAUUGACGAAAUCAAAUACAAUAAAAAGCCCAAAAGUAACUAUAGGAGCUAUAGAUAACAGUCUUUCAUGGCCAUGGAAACAUCCUGAUGCAUGGAGGAGCUUUCCUUUUGGAUGGUUAUUUCUACCAGUCUCUCUUAUCGGCCAACCUUUUUCCCAAAAAACUAGGGACCACUUUCUUCCCCUUCUAACAUCAAAACAAUGGUGGAGUGAGACGCAGCUAGAGCUCAGAAAAGUAUUUUGUCAAGAUGUAGAUUUCAAGGAACGAAUGUUUAGUCGACAGAUUGCAGUCAUGAAAGGACAGGCCUGGAAUGUGGUUGAGACGUUAAAGUUGGCGGAUCACGGGCCAUUAGAAUUGACUAGAAGAGCUAGGGUCUGUGUAUGGGAUGAUUUGGUUAACAUACCUAUUGCUAUACCCCUAAGAAUGCCCUCCGCAGAGAUGCGGCGACGUCAUGAUCAACAGCUUCAGGAAGAAAUGGACAUCAGUGCUGCAAAUUCAUCUCCUUCACAACCAGAUCUUCUAGGGUUAGCCAGUUCCCCGACCAGGUUACCAAAUUCAUCCCGAUUCAUGCACUCAGACCCUAACCCGGCUGAAGAAACUUUUGAUGUACAGUCAGCGCCAGCUAGUUCCCCGAACUUUUCCUCAGAACUCAUUUGGGAGCCCAAAAGUAAUCGUGUCAAGUUCUCUGAUCGCUCAGCCUUCAAGAAUUCAUGGACUCGAAUGAGCUAUGAUGGACCAUCAAGACCACAGAACAGUAAACACCAGCCAGAAAGAAGCCUUUCUUUCUCAUCCAAAACUGGAGAUACAAUACCUCCAUAUGACGGUGAUGAUUUGGAGGGUGAUCUAGGAUAUGCCGUAGCUGAGGGAAUGGACGGCAGCCAUCGCAAGGUUAUCGUCGAGCGUUUAGAGACCGUUAAGAGCAAGAAUCCAGUGUUCACGUGGUGCUGA